AUGGCCGGCCUCUUGCCGCCACUCAAAAAUAUGGGACCAACAGUGGCGCCAAUUCAUGUCAAAACGGAAGUCACUUUUUGCGAAGAUGAUCGACCGAUGUCAAAUGGAAGUGAGAACAGCUUAGAGCCGGGACCGAAUGGGAAGAUGAAAAAGCAAAAAGACCGAAUUCGUCGCCCAAUGAACGCGUUCAUGAUUUUCUCAAAACGACACCGGCCAUUGGUGCACAUGAAGUACCCAAAUAAAGACAAUCGGACAGUCUCGAAGAUUUUGGGUGAAUGGUGGUAUGCAUUAGGAGUUGAGGAGAAGCAACAAUACCACAAACUCGCCACCCAAGUCAAAGAGGAGCACUUCAAGGCGCAUCCCGAUUGGAAAUGGUGUACGCGAGGCGAUCGACGAAAAGAUUCGAUGGAUCAAUCGUUAGGGCCAUUGCACAGAAGCGAUGAUGAGAUCCAUCUUCAACCGCCAUCCUCAAUUCCGUCAAUGAUGCGAACGAAUCCCACUCCACCAAUGCUGCACACGUCUUUUCCUAAACCUCCCCCUUUACCCUCAUUGACAUCCCUACCGCCACCGUUGCCUGCGAUAUUACAGGUUCCUUCAACGACAGCGCCCGUUUCCCGGUCGCACUCCGAGCGAAUGGUUCGUCUUUUCGUUGAAGGAUUCGACGGAGUGAAUUUGAGUCCACUGACACCGUCAACUCGUCACUCGUUCUUUCGAUUAGCCGAAAACGAAAUCCCAGUCGAGUCUCCAAUGCUCUCUCCCUCAUUCAAGAAUAUGCCCGUUUUUAUGCCACCUACAAGCAUUCCCUGCUCUCCUUUACUUGGAUCAGCCGAGUUCAACUUUUUGAUGAAAACAAUUGUGACGAGUACACACGGACAGAUCCCGGAACCUCAUCGACCACCACCAAUCUCAAUUCCUCCCCUCUCACCUCUCCCUCAACCUGUCAUGUCUCCAUCCGUUGCCUCUUUUGGAUCAGCUUUCACUCCACAUUUCUCCACAAAGGACAAGCUACUUUCACCGUUCUUGCAGCCGACAACUUUUCAAUUACCGUCAUCGGCUGAGGUGCGGCUAAAUACGAUUCCAACAAGUCCCACGGGGAAAGAUGGACUGCCCAGACCAACUCCAAUUGGUCCAACAUCACCGCGUUGGACGGGAACAGCGUUGGCAAGCCCGUUAUUAGGUGUUCCUUUCAGUCCGUUAGACUUGUUGGUUGGGACUUUGCCUCUUGGACAAUCAAUGGUGCUACCAGCAGUCACAAGCGCCUCGACUCCGUUCAUCCUACAGCCAACGCCAGCUCAAUUGGGAUUAGCAAGAGGUCAAAAGCGCCUUUCAACCUCUAUGUCGACCGAAAUGGAGUUCAAAAUGGAGACGGAUUCGGAUGAUCAACUUCCAAUCACACCAAAUAUUCCCUUUACUCCGAUCGCAUUAAAUCCAUCAAUUACUUUGAAUGAUUCACAGGAAGCUAUUGAUAUUGAAUCGAUCUCAGUUGCCUCGGCUUCAACUUCUGGAGCUGCAAAGCUCUUUAAGAGAGACGAUUUUGAUAUGGAUAAAGUGCUAUUCAAAGUCGGUUUUCAUGAGAAGUUCUCCCAAUUACCUUCAUUCCUACCGGAAACUGCUCAUCAAAAUGAAUCUGGCUCUGGAUCGGCUUCUUUACCCUCAACUCCAUCGUUUUUGGUUCGAUCGUUGCUUGAGCCAGCUGGCACGGCCACUGCUUCAGCGAAUAAAUCCCCAGCUUCAGCACUACCAGCUCAGAAUCCAAUCUUCUUCCCCCCAAAUUUUGACUUGCCCCAAACGGCCUCCUUUCCUGCGCCGAUUCAAAAAACGAACUCCAGUAUUUCAAUAACUGAUGACAUACUUUCAUGCACGAAUCCCAUUGAAAAAGUCUCGAGUCGAAAGCUAUUAGAACAACGGAGACAAUUGGUGAUGAAUCUUCUUGAAACGGCUGGUCUCUUCCCGAGUGGCCACGAAAUCUCCGCUUUUCAACAAUCGCACAAGAAUGUUUUCCCAAACAAGCAGACGUUGAUCUUGAAAAUACGAGAGGUUCGACAAAAGAUGAUGGCCUUGAAUAAGGCUGGAUUCUCUAAAUCAGAUUCAAACAAAGAACAAGUGGCAGCUAUU